CAUUCAGUCCGACAGGGAAGUGGCCUAACUUUUCCGAGCAGGUGUCUUCGGAGGAGCUCAUUGGAGGAGUGAAGAGGGAAAAUUUCACAUUCUGCAUUUCCCUCUUUACACCUCCCUGCGUACUAAACAUUUAGAUGUUCGCAAAAAUGGUUUCAAAGUUGACGUCUUUGCAACAGGAGCUUUUGAGCGCCUUGUUGGACUCUGGAGUUACGAAAGAUGUGCUUCUGCAAGCUUUGGAAGACCUGGACCCAAGCCCGAGCUCUUUUGGAGUUAAACUGGACAGUCUUCAGAUGUCGCCCUCCGGUUCCAAACUCAGUGAUACGGAUUCAAAGCCGGUGUUUCACACGCUGACCAAUGGACACAGUAAAGGGAAGUUAUCAGGGGAUGAUGAGGGCUCGGAGGACGGGGAUGAUUUCGACACACCGCCGAUACUGAAAGAACUGCAGUCUCAAAACACAGAGGAGGCAGCGGAGCAGAGGGCAGAAAUAGAUCGGAUGUUGUCGGAGGACCCGUGGCGCGCGGCCCGCAUGAUCAAAGGAUACAUGCAGCAGCACAAUAUCCCUCAGCGCGAGGUAGUGGAUGUGACAGGACUCAAUCAGUCGCACCUGUCACAGCACCUGAAUAAAGGCACGCCUAUGAAAACGCAGAAACGGGCUGCGCUCUACACCUGGUAUGUCAGGAAACAGCGGGAGAUCUUGCGACAAUUCAACCAGAUCUCACAUGGCUGUGGCAGCAACAUGUCAGACAAAGGCAAUCAGGAUCAGGUGCUACUUUUUUUCUCAGACUAUAGUCAGUCUGCGCAGGGGAUGGUGCAGCCAGGGGAUGAUGCUGCCAUUGAACCUGCUUGCAAGAAGCUCAGACGCAACCGCUUCAAAUGGGGGCCUGCAUCCCAACAGAUCCUUUACCAGGCUUACGAACGGCAGAAGAACCCCAGCAAAGAGGAGAGGGAGGCACUGGUAGAGGAGUGCAAUCGGGCUGAGUGCCUCCAGAGAGGAGUGUCGCCAUCCAAAGCUCAUGGGCUUGGCUCCAACCUGGUCACAGAGGUGCGAGUCUACAACUGGUUUGCCAACAGGAGGAAGGAAGAGGCUUUUAGACAAAAAUUGGCCAUGGAUGCCUACAGUGGGCCAACGCACAGUCUGAACUCCCUCCUUUCACAUAGUUCCCCACAUCACCCACAAGCCAGCAGCUCCCCACCAGGAAAGAUGCAAGGUGUCCGGUACAGCCAACAAGGUCCUGGUGAAGUGAGUUCCUCCUCGACGAUCAAUCACCAUAGCAGUAAUGCCAUGGUAACCAGCCAGUCAGUAUUACAGCAGGUCUCUCCGGGUGCACUGGACCCCAGUCACAGUCUCCUGUCAUCUGACUCCAAGAUGAUCUCUGUAUCAGGUGGAGGUCUUCCUCCAGUCAGCACCCUGACCAACAUCCAUGCAUCUCACCAUGUGCACCAACAGACCCCCAACCUCAUAAUGCCCCUCUCUGGAGUCAUGGCCAUCGCACAAAGUUUGAAUACGUCGCAGGCACAGACGAUACCUGUCAUCAACAGCGUUUCAGGCAGUCUGGCAGCUCUGCAGCCGGUGCAGUUCUCGCAACAGCUAAACGUCCAACACCAGCAGCUCAUGCAACAGUCAGCAGGCCACAUGAGCCAACAGCCCUUCAUGGCCUCCGUCUCACACUCACACAUGUACUCACACAAGCAGGAGCCACCCCACUAUUCUCACUCGUCUCGGUUUCCCCCCACCAUGGUGGUGACAGAUGCCAACAGCCUCAGUACACUGAGUUCAAUGUCCUCCAGCAAACAGUGUCCGCUGCAGGCCUGGUGAGCGUGUACACCUGACUUCCUCGAUGCCUAGCAACAGGAGCACAUCGUCCUUACCUCCAUUCUCCCUCAUCGUGCCCGUAUCUGUGGCAACCCAUAAUAAGUGCUCGCGGCACAUUGGAUGAGGAGUUUGUCAAUAAACCAGGGGCUGCGGUGAAGGGCAAGACUCACAAGACCGAACACUGUCGGGUUGUUCAAGAAGUCUGGCAAUUCACGGACGACCAACAACGGUACAAACUUUAGUGACGGUAUUUUCCUUCUCAGUGAUGGACGAACCAUAUUAAUGAACAUGGGUGAUCCUGAAGAACAAAAAGAUGGUCAGACAAAGCUACAGAUACAAAACUGCACCAGAAAGGAGUGUUCCUGGAAUAAGAGCACAAUAUGUUUCUAGAUGUGCUCAGUGAACUGUGUGAAACAAUGACAAUCAGCCAAUGAAGCAUCUGGAAGCUUUUAUGUAACGUAUAACUGUGAUGCAAAAACGUCUUCCUUUAAAUCUGAAUGCUCAGACAAUGUUCUGUACAGUUGGAUGUAAAUACAAGCAAUUAUUAUGAAGGAUAUAAAUAUUUGAUAAUCCAUGUGGUGUGCUUUUAUCUGUCUAAACAUGUAAACUGUGAUUUAGGAUGUGACAAUCUAAGGAACAGGUAUGACGUAUUGGAAGAGUGUGCAGUUUCCAAAGGUUAAAAGUGAGGUAAAUGUUAAAGCACAUUCAACAAAACCUGAACCUAUCGAUCUAACUUUAAAUCUGGUUUUAAAAUAGACGCUACUGUCAAUGUUGACUAUUUGCGUUGGUGUCGUCAGAUAGAUAAGACUCAUCUUUCAGAUGGAGGAACUCAGUAUAACAGACUCCCAUCCAACGAAUUCUGGAUUCAUUUUAUGGUCGAUCAGAGAGACUGAUAACUCUUAUCCGCAUAGCCGGUCACCAUCUUUGUGAUACCGAAGGGAACGGCCAUGAAUCAUGACGACGUGCCUUUCUAAUCUAAAUAUUGAUCUACAAUCAAACUGUCAUUGUCAUGUUGGAGAGAUAUGUGAAAAAGAGCGUCCUGUUGAAUUGGUCUGUUAUUGGACUGUGUAAUUGUUAUCAGUAGGAAUACUGAUUUUUUUCAUGAAAGUUCGCCGUUCGCCAUUUCGAACAGUAUUAUUUGCUCACACACAACUCUGAACUAACAGGAAGCAUUGUGAAAUAGUUUUUAUUGUGGUGCUUUACUGGUCCAUGAAAUGAAAACUGACAAUGUCAUUUUGGUAAACUGAAGAAACUAGUACAAACGUCCCGUUUUAGUCCCAUCUGAGAGUUUGAAUACUUGUCAAAAGGUCACUUCGAUGUUCUUUUUUAAUGUUGUUGACUAUGUUCCCACUGCCAGUUGACCUGAGGUUACAGUACUGGUUUAUUCUCCCGUUUAUGCUGGAUUUAUACAAAAUGUGAUUCUUUCCACAUUGUAUUAUUUUUGUAUAAAAUGAAAUCAAUCUUUUAAAAUCACUAUUUAUGCUUUACAUAAAAAAGUUUCAAGUAAAGUUUUUUUUGCUCAAGA